AUGUGGAGAGAAGCCAGUGCUUGUCGAGCAGCAUGUUUGCUGGCUCUGUGCAUUCUGGAAUCACAAGGACGCUUCCAAGCACAAAGCUUGCAGGGCGGCUGUGAGACGCUGGACUUUGAGGAAGAUGCCUCGCCUGCUUUUGCAGCUGUUCAGCUUACGGCAUCGCUUCAUCGCAGCUCCGAAGUCAGUGCUUCCAGCGCAGGUCUGGUGGAACCCAGCUGCCUGCUGGCAGCACCAGGGCUGUCGGCAGCCAUCCACCGCUUCCUCGGCAAGCUUGAUCGCAGCCCUGCGCCCGCUUCUCUUGUGGAGGUGGAGGUCGGCGAGGUGGCUCUGGCCGAGGCCGCCACCAGGGCCGGCUGCAACUUGGCGAGCCUGAGCCUGACGAAGCAGGGAAGCGACCCACGCCUCGCCUCCGCUGCCCGCCGCCUGAUCAGCUUGGUGGAUUCGCUCGGGGGCCGGGAGGGCCUGCGCCUGAUGCCAUCGAGUGAAGCAAGAAAUGGGAGCACUACGAAUACCACCUUCUUCUUCGAAAGCGUGGACGAGGCCUCAGGCCGCGUCGGCACUGGCAUGCUUGGGCAGGGCUGUGGUGACAAGAGCGUUUCUGAGGUGGCCAUCACAGUCACACAAGAUGCACCCUUCCUGUGGACCAACCUGACCGGUGCUGGCAUGAGCUUCAAGAUUGGCCCGCCCUGCGCCGGGACCUACCUGAUCUCGGGCCAGAUGUGGCCUACGAAGGCGACGGCUGAGGGCAUCUCGGGCAAGAUCCGCGCGGGCUUCGUGAACCUCCGGUCCACCAUGACUGGCACCUGGAGCACCGGGCCCUCGGGGCUUUUGGGGAACCUGACGGUGGCUUUUCAGGAGCUCCUGGAGGUGGAGUGGACCUGGAAGCCCGAGCCCUCGGAGCCCUCGGAGCCCUGA